AAUAGUUCUAGCUCCAUCAGGUUUUCCCAGCAGCCAAAAGCAAGUCUCCCACAGAGCUCUGCCAGUGAAACAGUUCACGGCAAGUCGGCGGUUUGGAUCGGAAAGGUUUGAAACUCAUCCACAGUUAGGAGCAGUAGGCUUGAGCUUGUAGCUUAAGGGACUGUUUUCUCUUUCCCAGGUCUUAGGCUUGGGCGAGAUUUUAGGGCAGAUGGAAUUAAAACCUGCUUGACCGUGGACCGCCACCGGAACCCCUGCAGCGCUUAUUGCAGGAGUGACCAGGACACUACCUUCUGGAAGUAAUGCCCACAGAAAGCGGAAGUUGUUCAACUGCUCGCCAAGCGAAACAAAAACGCAAAUCACAUAGCCUUUCUAUACGAAGAACUAACAGCUCGGAACAGGAGAGGACAGGACUACCAAGAGAAAUGUUAGAAGGACAAGAUUCUAAACUGCCUUCCUCAGUUCGCAGUACACUUCUGGAACUAUUUGGUCAAAUAGAAAGAGAAUUUGAAAACCUUUAUAUUGAAAAUUUAGAGUUACGAAGAGAAAUUGAUACUCUUAAUGAACGCUUAGCUGCUGAAGGACAAGCAAUUGAUGGAGCAGAACUUAGUAAGGGCCAACUCAAAGCAAAAGCCAGUCACAGUACCAGUCAGCUGUCUCAGAAACUAAAGACCACUUACAAGGCUUCUACCAGCAAGAUUGUCUCUAGCUUUAAGACCACCACUUCGAGGGCUGUCUGCCAGCUUGUGAAGGAGUACAUCGGCCACAGGGAUGGCAUCUGGGAUGUUAGUGUUGCAAGGACACAGCCAGUGGUGCUGGGGACCGCGUCUGCUGAUCACACUGCUUUGCUGUGGAGCAUAGAGACGGGGAAGUGCCUUGUCAAAUAUACAGGCCAUGUAGGUUCAGUAAAUUCUAUAAAAUUUCAUCCCUCAGAGCAGUUGGCUCUCACUGCUUCUGGAGAUCAGACUGCUCAUAUUUGGAGAUAUGUGGUACAGCUGCCAACACCUCAGCCUAUUGCCGACCCUAGUCAACAAAUAUCUGGAGAAGAUGAAAUCGAGUGCUCUGAUAAAGAUGAACCUGAUAUUGAUGGAGACGUGUCCAGUGACUGCCCUACCAUUCGAGUUCCACUGACAUCUCUCAAGAGCCACCAAGGCGUGGUCAUAGCUGCUGACUGGCUGGUUGGAGGCAAGCAGGCAGUGACAGCUUCCUGGGAUAGAACAGCGAACCUGUAUGAUGUUGAGACAUCUGAACUGGUUCAUUCUCUGACAGGGCAUGACCAGGAGUUAACGCACUGUUGCACACACCCCACCCAGCGGCUCGUGGUGACCUCCUCCCGUGACACAACUUUCCGUCUCUGGGAUUUCAGGGACCCUUCCAUCCACUCCGUGAAUGUUUUCCAGGGACACACGGACACUGUGACCUCUGCUGUGUUCACCGUGGGAGACAACGUUGUUUCAGGCAGUGAUGACCGCACAGUGAAAGUCUGGGAUUUAAAAAAUAUGAGAUCCCCAAUUGCAACUAUUCGCACAGACUCUGCCAUCAACAGGAUCAAUGUAUGUGUUGGCCAAAAAAUCAUAGCUCUCCCCCAUGACAACAGACAGGUGCGAUUGUUUGACAUGUCGGGUGUGCGACUAGCGCGGCUUCCCCGGAGUAGUCGACAGGGCCACAGAAGAAUGGUGUGCUGCUCAGCGUGGAGUGAAGAUCACCCCAUAUGCAAUCUAUUCACCUGUGGGUUUGAUAGGCAGGCCAUUGGCUGGAACAUCAACAUCCCUGCAUUAUUACAAGAAAAAUAAGGUUUCUGAUGUUUCUCAGUUUCGUGGUUUGCCAUGGACCUUUGACUCAUGCAGGCUUUUCUGCAUAUUAAUCAGCCAUUUUUGUGAGAGUUUGACCCUGGGAGGGGUGCUUUUUAUAUGUUCUUCUCACAUUGUGCCAGCUUGCAUGACAUGUACAGAAAAAUGAGUGGUCAUAUUUUUAUUUUUGUCUUGUGUGUAUAUAUUGGCAUCCUCUGGUCAGUAGAAGUGAAACUCACCUCCCACGUAGCAGAUAAAUACUUGUGAGUUGUUGACAUUUGACAGAUGAACAGUAGGGCAUUAAGUUUGUGUCAGUUAAAUGUGAACCUAUGUACUUGUUAUGAGGCCUAAGAGUCUGUUGCAUUUUCUGGAAUAAUUAUACAUAUCUACCUUUUACGGGGAGGAUUGCAGAGCUACAUUUGCAUUGGCUAAUGAGUGGCAGGAAUGAUCAAAGAUUUCAUGUUUACUUCUGUGUGAAGUUUUAUCAUGUGCUAUGUGUAAUUCAGUUUUAACUCUAAUUUCCAUUACAUUCUGUAGAAAUAACUUGGAUAUUAGCAGUUAAAAAAAUAGCACAGAAUGUUGAGUUUGCAACAUUCUGAGAGUUUCUUUUGAAAAGAAAAAGUUUCUGCUCUUUUUAUAGAAAAUCAUUUCAAUCUCCUGAGGUCUCAUACUAACAAAUUCUAAAAUACAAUGAUUCUAAUCACCAAUUUUAGAUAUUAAGCAAGAUUUAAAGCACUUUAGUUUAUAGCUGUGGUUAUAAACAGUUUUUAGCAGUUUCAAAUGAUUUAUCCACUGAAUGUGACUUGACCUUUAUAAGAAGGCUUGCUACCUGAAAACAAAAUCCUAUUUAUUUACUACAUUUUUGGUUUGCAUAUUUCUAAAUGGGUUCACUUCCUUGGUGGUAUUUGAGAGCCAACAAUGCAAAUAAAUGAGUACUACCUCAAAAAUAAAUAUUUGGAAAACUUUGGAGUCUCACUGUUGCCUAGCAGCACUUUUGAUUCAUAGCUGGAAUACUUAAUUCAGUUCAGAAGGCAAGAAAGACAAUCAUAUCAAAUGUAUCCCAAAGGUAAAAGGUUCUUCAAUUAGUCUUAUAAGGUAAUAACUAUAACAAAUAGUCCCAUAAGUAACCAGAUGCUUUUGUCUUAAGUAGCUGGGAUACCUCUCAGUGCCAAUCCUACUACUGCGUGAGUGAGCCUGUUGUUCUUGCCUUCUUAGAAACGCCUGUUCAUCUGAUAUUUGUAAGUUAAUGUUUCUUGUUGAGUUACGGUUUUGAUAGAGACAUCUCAGUUUCAACCCCUCAUAUUUUUAAUUAAUUAAAUAUGGCCAUUUGGAGGCUGAUUGCAGGAGAGGCACGGGAAAAUAAUACUUCAAACUGUCAUGGUGACUCCUCCCCCCUCUUCCCAGUUUCCUUCCUGUGUUUUCCCCUGUUUUGUGGUGACUCAGGAGGGUAACCAGCUGGGAACCAGUCAGUAGUCACUUGGUAAAUAUGGUUUGGAGGAUGUUCCGGUUAUCCUUUGGUGUAGCUGAUCAAGAAUGAGAAACACCUCAUUUUUGGCACCUUUGACUAGGGUCUUGCAGGAGCUGUUGGUAGAGCCUUCAGAUCUGAAUCAUUCAGAAAUUCUGAAAUGACGGACAUCGCCUGGAAGGGAGGGGAGAGCCCAAGAGUAGCAGUAAUGACGUAGAGUUGAGGGUGCUAAUGAAGGACAAAUGGCGAAUGUUCGCGAUUACUUUUACUUUUAAAUUCCAAAGGUUUGUUGUAACUUUAAGUUCGACAACUUUACGUGAUCACACUGUUUCAAGAACUGAAGUCAGACUGGUCACUGUGGUUGAUUAGAAUUUCAAGUUUCAGCUCUUGGUAUCCUAAGUGUAUUUUUGCUUGAUGGAAUACUGUAUCGAGAUAUUUGCUGUGGUCUCGUUUUAUCUUACAGUGAGAGAUCUGACUGCCACAUCCCUCCACUGCACUGCAUAUGCAAAAGCAUGACUUCCAGUGAUGAGCUGCACAAGCCAUGUUCUUAGGUUCCUUGUAUUUUAAUUUGAAAGUCUAGAUGUCUUAGAAUGAUUUUUAGAAACGUUGAAAUAUGUAUACAGAUAGCUAAAUCAAACUUAUGAACCAGAAUCUGCCAGAAUAAACAGUUUUGAAGCUUUUAAAGCAUACAUUCAUGAUGGCCGUUUAGUUGAAUGGCAGACUAGUGACCUUCACUGCCAGUAGCUGCUCACCUUCUCUCGCUAACUGGAGGGACCAGCCUCUGACACCAGAAGUGAGGCUCUUUCACUCAUUUCCACGAGAGGGCAGAAGACUCUAAUGGUGCUUGAGCGGAGUUCUCAGGAGCAGGAUAUGACUUACUGUUAACUACUGUGUCAUCUUCUAACAUGAUUUCAUCCACUGCUGCUGGGACCAUAAGAUUGGGGAAAGUGUAUCUGUGUGCGUGCGCAUGUGUGUGUGUGUAUGGCUAAAUUAAAUCAUGUUAUCAAUCUCAUGUGAUCUCAUUUGAAACAGUAUUUGGAAAUGGGAACGGUUUUGUCUUAUAUACUGACGUGUCCAGAAUUUCAUUUAAUAAUGGAAGGAAAAUGUGUAGUUACUAAAUAAUGUGUAUUGAUAAAGAUUUCAUAAGAGAUAUGUUGUUGAACAAAGCAACACUGUUCUCAACCACUGCACAUCCGUUUAUUUAGAGUCAGAAUGUCUGUACAUAUUUUGAAAUCUGAAGAAUUCUAUGUAAAUCAUUUGUUACUUAAACCUGUGAAAACAAGUUUGUUUUUUUGGAGUAAAAAGUAUGCAUUUGUAAGUGUUAUGUGGAAUCAGUUGUUUUUGUAUUGAUGUAAUUGUUUUUAAGUGUUCAGUGUCUUCAUUGCAAUAUGAAAUUCAUUAAAACUUCCAUGUUCUAUAAUUACUCUUACAGGA